AUGACGGGAGAAAAGGCUUCAUACGUCACCAUCGAUGUAUUCACAUCGCAACGUCUCAAGGGAAACCAACUCGCCGUGGUCGACAUCACCAAUAAAUCCCUAACCCACCAGCGCAAGCAACAAAUUGCCCGCGAGUUCAAUUUCUCCGAAAGCGUUUUCCUGACUCAUGGCGGUCCGGGACGAAACCCGCGCGCCGAGAUCUUCACGCCCGUGAAUGAGAUGGAAUUCGCCGGUCAUCCCGUUAUUGGGACAGGGCAUGUCUUGUUCCAAGGCUUGUUGGGUUCGUAUGGCGCGGGCCAGAGUAUGGCGUUAGACACCAAGGCGGGGCCGGUUACGAUUGAGUAUGAUCCAGCUGUGAAGCUCGUCUCGGCCGGGAUUCCGCAUAAUGUGCAUGUUCAUGAGAAGCAAGCCGCUCUUUCUGCUCUUGUGGCGACACAGAAGAGCCUGGCUGAUGUGUCGGGUCUCGACUGCACAUACCCCAUCGUAUCUAUGGUGAAGGGAGUCACCUAUGUGCUGAGCGAUUUUACAAAGCAACCUGAUGCGUUUGCUAAUUUGGCACCGGGACCAAGCCCGACUAUUGCCUUGGACGAUGAGUGGAGUCCUUCGUUCGUUGGAGUCAUGUAUUAUCGGACUCUGCAGUCUCACAUUGAGAACGAAACAACUAUCUGGGACCUCCGUGUGCGCAUGAUUGCCAUCGAUCUGGAGGAUCCGGCGUGUGGAAGUGGAUCGUGUGCCUUGGGCGCGUAUCUCGCCUUACAAUCUGGACAGCAGAGCCGCAAGCACCGAUUCAAUAUCAACCAAGGGUCGGAAAUCGGACGAGAUAGCCAGAUCGUCGUCAACAUCGAGCUGAAUGAGUCACGAGACAAGGUGGAGAGUAUGCAGCUCGCUGGUCCGGCGGCUUUGGUGACUCAAGGCAAGAUCUUCUUAAAUUAG